AUGCCGGAAACCAAAGAUAAAUCCAAGGUGCACAAGCUGGCCAUCAGAGGAUCGGCUAAGCUUGUGUCCGAGUUCUUUGAAUACUCGAUCAAUUCCAUCCUCUUCCAACGUGGUGUUUACCCUCCUGAUGAUUUCACAACUGUCAAGAAGUAUGGUCUCAACAUGCUCGUAUCGGCCGAUGACCAGGUGAAAGCCUACAUAAAGAAAAUCAUGUCACAAUUGAACAGGUGGAUGGUCGGCGGAAAGAUCUCUAAGCUUGUGGUCGUUAUCACCGAUAAAGAGACCGGUGAGCAUGUGGAGCGCUGGCAGUUCGAGGUUGAGAUUUUCAAAUCGUCGAAGAGCUCAAGUGCUCGCAAAGCUAGUGACAAGGAGAAUGCCGCUCCUGGAGACGCGGCCCCGCAAGCAGAGGAGAUCAUUGAAAAGACCGAAAAGGAGAUCCAAGAAGAGAUCCAAGCCAUCUUCCGGCAAAUUACCGCCUCCGUCACCUUCCUCCCCGUCCUCGAUGGAGACUGCACCUUCAACGUCCUCGUCUACGCCGAUGCCGAUUCAGAAGUGCCGGUCGAAUGGGGCGACAGUGAUGCCAAGGAGAUCAAGAAUGCGGAGAAGGUUCAACUGCGCAGCUUCAGCACCAACAACCACCGUGUCGGUACCCUCGUCAGCUACCGACUGGCAGACUAA